AUGAGAUUCUUUAAAAAUAUCCACUUUCAUCCUGCAUCUCAGAAGAAUAGUCAAACAUCCGGUGACGAUAUCGAAAUACAAUCGCCUAAUCAAGAAAAUGGCUUAGCCGAAUCUGUUCUCAAAACCAGAUUCAAACGAAAAAAGAGUUUUUUUAUUCCCCCGGGAUUCAUAAAGGAAAGCAACAAAAGCUUGAAAAGUAUAUAUAGCCGUGAUUAUGACUCGCAGGACAGGGAAUCAACUACUGUAGUCUCAGAUGAACAAAUCUUACAGACGUCGCUUAAGCAUAAAAAUAGAUUGAAGAUAUUCCAAUGGCUAGAUGCCUACCACCAUCGAAGCUUAAAAAAAAUUUCUAACGAUUCUCCUGGAGAAAUGGAAGCAUUCCUACCCAAGAAGAUUCGUAAAAGAUUGGUUAACAAAUCAGGAACUUGCAAUGUGCUCCAUUCACACAUACCUAAGCUGAGUCAGCACUUUUUGUCAGAUAUUUACACUACUGUGUUAGACAGCAAAUGGCGUUGGUCCGUGGCCAUUUUCACAGCUGGUUUCCUUGGAAGUUGGCUAUGUUUCGCCUUUAUUUGGUGGCUCAUCCUUUUUUCCCACGACGAUUUCGACAACAUAUCUAACCCGAAUUGGAAACCCUGUGUCAAAAACAUAGAAUCAUUUGCUGGUGUUUUCUUAUUCGCGGUAGAGACCCAACACACUAUAGGGUAUGGAUACAGAUACCCGACGGAGGAAUGUCCCGAAGCUAUAAUAGUUUUUAUUCUUCAAUGCAUAACAGGGGCCCUCGUACAAGGAUAUAUAACGGGCAUGAUGUUUGCCAAACUUUGUCGACCUAAGAAAAGAGCCGCUACUCUCAUGUUCAGCAAAAAAGCCGUUAUUUGUACUCGUGAUGGUCAACUGUGUUUGUGCGUACGUAUAGGUGACAUGAGGACGUCCCAUAUGAUUGGAGCCCACACUAAGUCUUACAUGUUCAGGAAGAAAAUUACUCUGGAAGGUGAAGUUAUUCAUCUUAAACCUUACGUGAUCCAAGUGGGAACAAAUCCUCCUGAUGAUAACGUUUUUUUAGUGUGGCCAGUUAUUGUUAGUCACAUAAUUGAUAAUCAGUCACCCUUUUACGACAUGGGAGCCGAAGAGUUGAAUAACGAACAUUUCGAAAUGGUUUUCAUAUUUGAGGGAAUGAUAGAAGCCACGGGAGCCACAAUGCAAGCUAGGACUUCCUAUUUGCCUCACGAAAUUUUAUGGGGAUAUAGAUUUGAGCGUUUAACUCGUUUUAUCACGGAAACUGGUAACCUAGCUAUCAAUUAUACUCGAUUUCACAGCGUUAUAUCAGUCAACAUACCCCGAUGCAGUUCUAGGACUUUAGAAUCUUUAAGAAAGAAAUUUUUUGAAGAGGAAGAAAGAUUAAGAGAAAAAUUAUCAUCCGAAAGCUUCACGGAGAAAGAAAAUGAAAGAGCUGAGACAUCGGAAUUAGUUAUGCUUCUCAAAUCGACACUGGAAAGAUUGGAUAAGUUGGAGGCUAAAGAUGACCAUCUACUUCUAGGAAAAUAA